UCUCUCUGCUUCUUCUGCGACCCCGGAAGCACUAGGGACUUUGGAUUGUUGUCUGGCGAGAGGGCAAGAUGGAGUGUGGAAGAUUGAUUAAGGAGUAGAGCCUCUUGGAUCAGCACUAUAAACAAAAUGUCAUGGCUACAGUCUGCAAUUAGCCAGUGCUAUGAAGAUGUAUUUGAUGAAAAUGCAGAUGAGAUGGACAUAGCCCAGAAAGAAUGGAAGAGUGCAAUGGAGAAACGAGUCAAGGAGGGCUAUAGGGAAGGUGUUGAGGCUGGGAAAGUGGUAACACUUCAACAAGGCUUCAAUCAGGGUUACAAAGAAGCAGUAAGGGUGAUGUUUGAAUGUAGCCAGCUCAAAGGAACCAUAAGUGCUCUUCUGUCUUGGUAUCAUCACAAUAAACACAGCCCUGCAAUGCUGAGCGAGAUGACUGAUCUGCUGAAUCAAUUAAGAAUAUACGAGGAACUUAUGCUUAAGAAUUUAAAUUGUAUAAACCCACAACCCAGUGUUGGAUAUUUGCUACAUACUCUUAAUGACAUGGAUCUUGAUCAUGAAUAUUGCGCUGUUGAACAACAUAGUAUAACAUGUGCUGAGCUUUCUAAAAAUAAUUGCAGAAACAAUGGAACAGAUUCAUUUCAAAAUGAAUGCUGUGGCAGCACAGAAGAUCACAAAGGUUCUAAAAGAGCAUCCCUUUCUUGGCUUAAAGAAAGAACUGCCAGUAUCAUGGAACAAUUUGGUUUAUCUUCAGACACAGUUAAACAUACAUAGCUCUUGGCA